UGAAAGAAAUCACAACUGCCUAGCCUUUAUUGCAAGAGCAAGCCAAGCAUAACAGCAGCUCGGUUUGAGCAAAAUUAACCAAGGUAGUAGGAAAAUAGGUAGCGGCCAUGGAAAAUAGUAGAGAUGGCAAAGUUCAACAGCUACAUGGGAAGGAUUACGUAGACCCCCCACCAGCUCGCUUGUUGGACAUGGAAGAGCUCAAGACCUGGUCCUUUUACAGAGCUCUCCUAGCUGAGUUCGUUGCUACCCUUUUGUUUCUUUAUAUUUUAGUUGCCACUGUCAUCGGUCACAAAAAGCAAACAGGCCUCUGUGACGGUGUCGGUCCUCUUGGUAUUGCUUGGGCUGUCGGUGGCAUGAUCUUCGUUCUCGUCUACUGCACCGCCGGAAUCUCAGGUGGUCACAUUAAUCCGGCAGUUACGUUGGGGUUGUUCGUGGCCCGGAAGGUUUCGUUGUUUCGAGCGGUAGCGUACAUGGUUGCGCAGUGCCUGGGGGCUAUUUGUGGCGCAGGUUUAGCAAAGUCAUUAAUGAAGCACCCCUACAAUAGACUAGGUGGCGGCACCAACCUUGUGGAUUCUGGGUACUCAAAAGGUACCGCUUUGGGAGCCGAGAUUAUUGGCACUUUCGUGCUUGUCUACACCGUUUUCUCAGCCACCGAUCCCAAAAGAAGCGCACGUGAUUCCCACGUCCCUGUGCUAGCUCCCUUGCCAAUAGGAUUUGCUGUGUUUGUGGUUCACCUGGCCACCAUUCCAAUCACUGGCACUGGCAUAAACCCUGCUAGGAGCCUUGGUGCUGCUGUGAUCUACAACAAUGAAAAAGCCUGGGAUGAUCAGUGGAUAUUUUGGGUUGGCCCUUUCAUAGGAGCGAUUGCCGCUGCAGCAUAUCAUCAGUACAUACUGAGAGCUACAGCCAUCAAAGCUUUGAAAUCCUUCCGCAGCAGCCCUACUAAUUAACCUCAUCGUCUCCUUAGAUGCUGUCUAUCCCUAAGUAAUAAAUAAUAUGGAUUUCUGUGUUUAAUUUUUCUCAGUGUUGGCACUUGUGAGUGACUUGUAACAUUACCGCCUUGUUGGAUGAUUCUUGAAUGAAAGGGGAAAAAAGUCAGUGGAGUAGGUAUGCAAAUAUGAAUGCCACGACCAGGCUUGUAUAAUUAAUGAAUCGAUAUCGACAUGCUGAACAUUCCUA